CUCUCCAUUCACACGCAGGGAGCCGCCGGAGAGAGAGCACCGCCACUCCGUGACCAGCGUGGAAAAUGUCCCCAAGUUUUGGAAUUUAAAAUAAAAACAACAACAACAUGGCGAGGAUAUCUAGCCUGAGGAUCACUUGAACCCGGCUCCCACCUCGUGCCUCUGUGGAUGAUGUUCGUAAUGACUGCUCACAGCGCUGAGGACAGGACAGCGGAUCAAUAGGAGUUUUGUUUCCCUUUCCCUGAUGCGUCUCUCUCCCUCAAACUGUCCUCCCUUAUUCCUUUAAGAGUAAAAGAGAAAAGAAAGAAAAUCCUGACUUGGGACUUAGUACCAGUUGCUGUUCUCCUCCUCCUCCUCCUCCUCCUCUCUUUCUCCUUCCCCGUUCCCCUCAGCCUUGCCUCUGGACAGCACAGAUAUGUGUGCCCUAGCUCAGUCAGCGGCUUCCCCCGGCCGAGGGAACCUGCUUCUCCUCUUGGGGCUUUUACUCAUCGUGACCUCAUCCUUCUCUGAAGGCCAACCCCCACCAUUCAAGCGCUUCUCCUCUUCGGAGUGCUCGCUCACACAUCUGGCCAUCCACAACAAAACGGGAGAGGUCUACGUGGGAGCCGUCAACUGGAUUUUCAAGCUGUCGAGCAACCUGACCAAACUGCGCAGCCACAUGACCGGCCCAGUGGUGGACAACGAGAAGUGCUACCCUCCGCCCAGCGUCCAGUCCUGCCCUUACGACCUGGCCCAGACCCCCAACGUGAACAAGCUCCUGCUCAUAGAUUACGCGCAGAACCGCCUCAUCGCCUGCGGCAGCACGUCGCAGGGCAUCUGCCAGUUCCUGCGCCUCGACGACCUCUUCAAGCUCGGCGAGCCCCACCACCGCAAGGAGCACUACCUCUCCAGUGUGGCAGAGUCGGGUACCAUGUCAGGGGUCAUCAUAAGCUCCCCCCAAAGUCCCACCAGCAAGCUGUUCAUCGGAACCCCCAUCGACGGGAAGUCCGAGUACUUCCCCACCCUGUCCAGCCGCAAACUGAUGGAGAACGAGGAAAACGCCGACAUGUUCAGCUUCGUCUACCAGGAUGAGUUCGUCUCCUCUCAGCUGAAGAUCCCCUCGGACACCCUGUCCAAGUUCCCCGCUUUCGACAUCUACUACGUUUACAGCUUCAGCAGUGAGCAGUUCGUCUACUAUCUGACAAUGCAGCUGGACACUCAGCUGACUUCGCCCGACGCCAGCGGCGAGCAGUUCUUCACCUCAAAGAUCGUCCGCCUCUGCGUGGACGACCCAAAGUUUUACUCCUACGUCGAGUUCCCCAUCGGCUGCACUAAGGAUGGAGUGGAGUACCGCUUGGUGCAGGAUGCCUUCUUGGCCCGGCCGGGGCGGCAGCUGGCCAACUCUCUGGGGAUCUCUGAGAAUGAAGACAUCCUCUUCACGGUGUUCUCUCAGGGUCAGAAGAAUCGUGCCAAACCACCCAAGGAGUCAGCGUUGUGCCUGUUCACCCUGAGGAGGAUAAAGGAGAAGAUCAAAGAAAGGAUUCAGUCCUGCUACAGGGGAGAUGGUAAACUCUCCCUACCUUGGCUGCUCAACAAGGAGCUCGCCUGCAUCAACUCGCCGCUGCAGAUCGAUGAUAACUUCUGCGGCCAGGACUUCAACCAGCCUCUGGGGGGAACCAGCACGAUUGAAGGCACCCCCCUCUUCAUCGACAAGGAUGAUGGCAUGACUUCAGUGGCGGCGUACGACUACCGUGGCAACACCGUGGCGUUCGUCGGCACACGAAACGGCAAACUGAAGAAGAUCCUGGUGAACUCCGUGAGUCCCAACCGCCCGGCCGUGCUCUACGAGAAGGUGACCGUUAGCGAGGGAGGAAGUCCCUUACUGAGGGACAUGGUGUUCAGCCCAGAGCAGCAGUACAUCUACACUCUGACGGACAGACAGGUGGUGAGAGUUCCAGUGGAGAGCUGUGAGCAGUACACCACUUGUGGGGAGUGUUUGGGCUCCAGAGACCCUCACUGCGGAUGGUGUGUUCUCCACAACGUAUGUUCACGUAAAGACCGCUGCGAACGAGCAGGGGAGCCGCAGAGGUUCGCGUCCGACCAGAGACAGUGCGUGGAGCUGACCGUACAGCCGAGAAAUAUCUCCGUCACCAUGUCUGAAGUCCAGUUGGUCCUCCAGGCUCGUAAUGUGCCCGAUCUGUCAGCGGGGGUUAACUGCUCCUUCGAGGACUACGUGGAGACAGAGGGACGGAUCCAGGGUGGACAUAUCUUUUGCCUGUCUCCUUCCAUCCGGGACAUCGCGCCGAUUACUCGCAACAAAGGUGACAAGCGGGUGGUGAAGCUCUACCUCAAGUCCAAGGAGACAGGCAAGAAGUUUGCCAGCGUCGACUUUGUCUUCUACAACUGCAGCGUCCACCAGUCCUGCCUGUCCUGUGUGAACGGCUCCUUCCCUUGCCACUGGUGCAAGUACCGGCACAUGUGCACGCAGAACGCCAACGACUGCUCUUUCCAGGAGGGACGCGUCAACAUCUCCGAGGAUUGCCCUCAGAUUCUGCCUUCGACCCAGAUAUACAUCCCGGUGGGAGUGACCAAGCCGAUCACCUUAGCCGCCAAGAACCUGCCGCAGCCGCAGUCCGGGCAGAGGAACUACGAGUGCGUCUUCCACAUCCAGGGGGAGACGCACAACAUCCCCGCGCUGCGCUUCAACAGCACCUCCAUCCAGUGCCAGAAAACACCGUAUAAUUAUGAAGGAAAUGACAUCAGCGACCUGCCGGUGGACCUGUCUGUAGUUUGGAACGGAAACUUUGUCAUCGACAACCCGUACAACAUCAAAGCUCACCUGUACAAGUGCUACGCCCUGAGAGACAGCUGUGGGAUGUGUCUGAAGGCGAACCCCAGGUUUGAGUGCGGCUGGUGCGUCGGGGAGAAGAAGUGCUCCCUGAGACAGGAGUGUACUCCCCCGGAGAGCACUUGGAUGCACGCCACAACCGGAAACAGCCGCUGUGCACACCCCAAGAUCACCAAGUUGCAUCCAGAGACGGGGCCCAGACAGGGAGGCACCAUGCUAACCAUCACGGGUGAGAACCUGGGUCUGCAGUUCAAAGACAUCCAGAACGGGGUCCGCAUCGGGAAGGUGACGUGCAACCCUCAGGAGGACCAGUACAUCAGCGCUGAGCAGAUCGUGUGCCGGCUGAAUGAUGCGACAGGUUACAGAGUGCAGGAGGCUCAGGUGGAAGUGUGCGUCAGGGACUGCAUCCACCCCGACUACAAAGCCACCUCAAGCAAGGCCUUCACCUUUGUGUCUCCGUAUUUUACCCGUGUCUACCCUCCCACCGGACCACUCUCUGGGGGGACAAAGAUCACCAUCGAAGGCAGUCAUCUCAACGCAGGGAGCGCGGUGUCUGUGAAGAUCGGUCUUCACCAAUGUCGCUUCGAGAGGCGGACCAGCAAGGAGAUCAUAUGUGUGACCCCAGCUGGCCAGACCCCCAGCCUCACCCCAGUCAUGGUGGACAUCAACUCUGCUGAGCUGAGGAACCCGGAGGUCAAGUUCGGCUACACAGACGAUCCCACCAUCCUCAAGAUUGAGCCCGACUGGAGCAUCGCAAGUGGAGGAACCAUGUUGACCAUUACUGGAACCAAUCUGGGCACCAUCAAGGAGCCUAAAAUGAGAGCCAAGUACGGAGCUGCCAAGUCUGAAAAUAACUGCACGGUUGUCAACAACACCGUGAUGGUGUGCCUGGCGCCCUCUGUGGCCGGGUCUGGCAACGUCUUCUCGGAGGUGGGGAGCAGCCCCGACGAGAUUGGCUUUGUCAUGGACGACGUGCGCUCUGUGCUGGUGGUAAACGAGACUUUCAGCUACCAUCCGGACCCUGUGUUUGAACCUCUGAGCCCCACGGGCAUGCUGGAGCUGAAGCCCAGCUCACCACUCAUACUCAAGGGCCGUAACCUAAUUCCUGCAGCCCCAGGAAACACUAAGCUGAACUACACGGUGCUGAUCGGGGAGACGCCCUGCGUCCUCACCCUGUCUGAGAGUCAGCUGCUGUGUGAAUGGCCUAACCUGACCGGAGAACACAAAGUCACUGUGCGCGUCGGUGGGUUUGUGUACUCGCCGGGGGUCCUGCAGAUCUACUCGGACAGCCUGCUCACCCUGCCUGCCAUCAUCGGCAUCGGAGGAGGCGGCGGCCUGCUCCUGCUGGUCAUCAUCGCCGUCUUGAUCGCCUACAAGAGGAAGUCGCGGGACGCCGACCGCACCCUCAAGCGGCUGCAGCUGCAGAUGGACAACCUGGAGUCCAGGGUGGCCCUCGAGUGCAAGGAAGCUUUUGCAGAACUGCAGACAGACAUCCAUGAACUCACCCAGGAGCUGGACGGAGCAGGAAUCCCCUUCCUGGACUACCGGACUUAUGCCAUGAGGGUCCUCUUUCCUGGGAUUGAGGACCACCCUGUGCUCAAGGAGAUGGAGGUACGGGUCCCGGCCAACACGGAGAAAGCCCUGACGCUGUUCGGCCAGCUGCUGACCAAAAAGCACUUCCUGCUGACCUUCAUCCGCACGCUGGAGGCCCAGCGGUCCUUCUCCAUGCGCGACCGGGGCAACGUGGCUUCCCUCAUCAUGACAGCCCUGCAGGGGGAGAUGGAAUACGCCACCGGCGUCCUCAAGCAGCUCCUGUCCGACCUCAUCGACAAAAACCUGGAGAGCAAGAACCACCCGAAACUCUUGCUCAGGAGGACGGAGUCGGUGGCUGAGAAGAUGCUCACCAACUGGUUCACCUUCCUGCUUUACAAGUUCCUCAAGGAGUGCGCCGGAGAGCCUCUCUUCAUGCUGUACUGUGCCAUGAAGCAGCAAAUGGAGAAGGGGCCUAUAGAUGCAAUCACAGGAGAGGCGCGCUACUCCCUCAGCGAGGAUAAACUCAUCAGACAGCAAAUUGACUACAAGACUUUGACGCUGCACUGUGUCAACCCAGAGAAUGAAAACGCUCCCGAGGUGACGGUGAAGAGCCUGAACUGUGACACGGUGACGCAGGUGAAGGAGAAGCUGCUCGACGCCGUGUACAAGGGGACGCCGUACUCCCAGAGACCCAAGGCCUCGGACAUGGACCUGGAAUGGCGUCAGGGUAGGAUGGCUCGCAUCAUCCUUCAGGACGAGGAUGUCACCACGAAGAUCGACAAUGACUGGAAGCGUCUCAACACCCUGGCUCACUACCAGGUGACAGAUGGCUCUGUGAUCGCCCUGGUCCCCAAACAGAACUCCGCCUACAACAUCUCCAACUCGUCCACAUUCACCAAGUCUCUCAGCAGAUACGGUACGAGAGAAGAGAGCAUGCUGAGAACAGCCAGCAGCCCGGACAGCUUGCGCUCCCGGACCCCGAUGAUCACCCCCGACCUCGAGAGCGGCACCAAACUUUGGCACCUGGUGAAGAACCACGACCACUCGGACCAGAGGGAAGGAGACAGAGGGAGCAAGAUGGUCUCCGAGAUCUACCUGACCAGACUGCUGGCCACCAAGGGUACGCUCCAGAAGUUUGUGGAUGACCUGUUCGAGACCAUCUUCAGCACAGCACACCGAGGCAGCGCCCUGCCUCUCGCCAUCAAGUACAUGUUUGACUUCUUGGACGAGCAGGCGGACAAACACUCCAUAUCAGACUCUGACGUGCGGCACACUUGGAAAAGCAACUGUCUUCCACUGAGGUUCUGGGUGAACGUGAUCAAGAACCCGCAGUUUGUGUUCGACAUCCACAAGAACAGCAUAACAGACGCCUGCCUGUCCGUGGUGGCUCAGACCUUCAUGGACUCGUGUUCAACGUCGGAGCAUAAACUGGGGAAGGAUUCGCCUUCCAACAAGCUGCUGUACGCUAAAGACAUCCCCAACUACAAGAACUGGGUAGAAAGGUACUACUCCGACAUCUCGAGGAUGCCGGCCAUCAGCGACCAGGACAUGAGUGCCUACCUGGCAGAGCAGUCGCGCCUACACGCCAACCAGUUCAACAGCAUGUCCGCCCUCCACGAGAUCUACUCCUACAUCGUCAAGUACAAGGAUGAGAUCCUGUCGGCUUUGGAGCGGGACGAGCAGGCAAGGAGACAGAGACUGAGGAGCAAGCUGGAGCAGGUCAUCGACACAAUGGCCCUGGCCAGCUGAGGACCAUCCAGCGACUCCCAUCGCCUCCUUCUUCUCACUCCUCCUCUCCAUCUGUCUCCCUCUCCCUCGCUCCUCUCACCCAGACAACAAACAAGACUCCAUCCCCCAACAACACGACAGACGAACUGCAAAAAGGACCGAAGCAGUAUACUGCAAAAAAAGAAAAAAAGAAAAAAAAACAACGAGAGGGGUGGGGGUGUUUCGGCAGAGAUGGGCGGGCCUGUGUACGCUUACAUGUGUAUGUGUGUGUUUGUCUGCAGCCCCAUACUGUGUGCGGGCACGUGUCUGUGUGAAGAGACUGGGACACCACCGGACCUUGUCACACGCGCAUACACGGAGAACAUGUCAACUGACAGCAUUUGAUUAUUGUGGAUGUAGGUGUUUGUGGUUUGCUUGAUUUUUUUUUUUUUGUUUGUUUUUGUUGAGUUCAGGAGUUUUUGUCGUGAUGACGCGAUGGUCAGGAAAGAAACAAAAGGAAGCCUCAAAAGGAACUCCGUAUAUGGCGCCGUCAGCAGAACGGACCAAUCUGUGACGAGCCAAUGGAGAGAGGCUCUCUAGGUCAUGUGACUCAGACAAGUUGUUGUCACAGUUUUAAAGGAUGGUAGAGUUAUUUUUUUUUUGUAUAAAUGUAAUCAACUGCCCACUCUCUGAUCUCUCGCCACUUGUAUUACUGCUGAAUUUGCACAAUUUACAGAAACGUUACAAAGCAAGACUAUAUAGAUAUUAUAUAUAAAUACAGCUACGUUUUUAAAGAAAGAUUAGAGAGAAAACAUUUUUGUUUUCUUUUUCAUUUGAAAUCAACAGUAAAAACAUGAUUUGAUAUUUCAAGUACAAAAAAAAAAGACACAACGUAGAAAAAAAAAAAAACAACGAAAAAGAAACAAAAAAGUCGUACUGUGCCAUGUUUUCUUUGAAUGUUGUUUAGUGCAAAGACAUUUUGUUAGAUGGAAUGUGCUACCGUAUGAUUUUUAAAUAUGAACAUGCCUAGUGACUGAAAAAGAAUCGUUUGAACAAUGAACCCAUCGUGAGAUCCUCGUUUUGAAGUGGCCAGUGAGAAAGACAAUAUACACAAAGUCACGGUGAUGACAUGAAGUUGCUGUUGUUUCUUCUUCAAUCAGUGCAAUCUGUCAGUUUCACGAAGCUAGAUAUCACACUCCCAGGAUUGUCGCUUUAUUUCUGUGACCUCGUCGGCCUCCCGCCCCGCGGCUGGUUCUCGUCUUCAGGGGUUUUUCGAGGAGCGACGGUUCAGCGGAUCGGAACAAUGAAGUAGCUACGUUGCACUACCUGCAAUAUUCCCGUUGCCCGCGCGCGCGGCCCUUAUAUCAAAGCAUUAGGGUUCCACAGGUCGUGAGUUCGCCCUUCCCUCGAAGGCUCGUUCGGUUUGCAAGAGCGAAAGUCUAGCGCCGUGGCAGUCUCUUUUUUCUUUUCUGGAGGUCACGCGGAGCUUAGCCGAGGCCCUCGGUGCUGAAGUCAGAAAAGCCGUUUCCAGCCUAAAGCCACUUUCUCAAUGUUAAUACCCAAAUACAGGGGCAAGAAAAAGAUACACCGAGUGUUUCCCCCCCCACCUCUAACCUAUAUAUUCGAGACAUGGGUUUUAGCUUUUUAUCCAUGAGGAGGAUAUAUAAAGAUAGAGAGCCGAGACGCCUCUGUUCAUUAGCUACACGAGGCUGAGUAAUCCUCCCCUCAGCCUGCAGCUCUUGUUUCAAAACUAGCCUAUUGCCAUGUGUGGCUUAAGCUUUUUAUAUUGCCGCUCUCUUAAGAGGAUUUCUUUGUUUCUCUUUUUUGAAGUCUUGACUUUGUGGUGAGAAAUGCGUUUAGUUUUUUUUUUUUUUUUUCCCCUGCUUGCCGAAAACCAAACUGUGGUCUGUAUAUUGUUUAUGUUGAUGUUUCAUUUGUAAAUUGUAUACUUAUUUUUUUUUCCACAAUGAGCUGUUUGCCAUUUAUUUUAUUUUUAUUUUUUUUUGUAAUCGCUUUGUUUUGUUUUAGUCUUAUUAUUUUCAACGUGUAAAUUGUACAUUUUUAAACGGUACACAGAAGAUACAAAACUCUCUUCAGUUUGCCGGGAAGUUGAAGUACUUGACUGAACUGGAGGUUUAUUUUCCUGGUCUCAAGGAUCAAAAAUGAAAUCGUGGAAUCAGAUGAGCGUCGGUGUCGUCGUGAUGGAAAUGUGACUUGCUGCUUUAACUCUUGUACCUUGUUUUUUUCUACCAAACAUUAGGGCUGUCAUUUUAUGCUGAUCAUGAAUGCUGUUGCUGUCUUGCCCCCAUCGUUUCGUUUGCCGUGCGUGUCUGGAACGUGACUUCUGCAGCUACUUCCGUGUGAGCCUACUUCGACUGGAUACUUAUCGGGACACGCCAAAAAAAAAAAAAAAAGAAAGAAAAAGGAAAGAAAAAUGAAGGGUCUCUGCCCCUGCUAGGAUAGAAAUGUUUCCUCCUCAGCUCAGAAUUUCUGUUGGGAGCACAGAGAGCUGCUCUACCCUCUUAGACACAAACAUUUUAAAGUUUUUUUUUUCCUUCCAACAUUUUGCUGCAUUUGUACAUUUGGUGCUCUUGUUGUAUAAAUCAUAUGGCGAGCAAAUAGAUUGCUGUCGAGGCUCGGCGCUGCUGUUAACAGCGGUCCUUUGGGUGAUCCGUAUGAGUACAAUGUACAGUGGGGACAAAUCCACUCACUCCCUGCAAGAGAGAGAAAAAAAAAAAAAGAAUAAAGAAAAGCACACAGACAAAAACAAAGACUGCAGUAUCCAGCUGGUGAUCUGUCAGGCUUUUUAAAGACACUUAAACAUUCUCAAUCCAUUCUCAGGUUCAUGCUCCGUUUGUCUUGUGUUCUGGUUGUUGCUUGGUUGAUUAAACAGCUGCAACGGGGAGCCGGGCUCGAGACCGAGCCGCUCCUCGCAUUUUUAGAGAAACUUCCCACCCGCUUUACUCUGUCUUUCAUUCAGUGCGACACUUGACUUGUAUUUAUUGUUACUAGGGUGAUAUAAAGAGUGUCCGUCGUCUAAGAGUUGUUUGGUGUAACCUAGAGCAGCCAGCAUCCGCCGCUGACUUAGAACGUGUCACGAGAACAGCGCCGUAGUUUGACCGAGUAGCUGGGUUCUGUGCUGUUUUUUUUUUGUUUUUUGUUUCUUUUUUCUUUUUUUUCAGUCCCAUCAGAACAAAUGAAAUCCUAUUUACCGCACUGGCUUCAGUGUGAAUGGAUUUAGCACAUAGUCAUGUUUAAUUCUCAGCUCUUCAGACAUGCUUGGUGACAUUUCUGCCUUUUCCAGACCGUUGUUGAAUCAAACGCAGUCCUGGGAUCAUUCAGUUGUUUUCUUACCGCUUCCCUCUUGAAGGUUCAGUAGAUGAGUUUAUUUUUAUUUUUUUUUUCUUCUUCUUCCAAAUGAAAGUUGCAUCCGAUCCAUGGAAAACACAAAGCAGAUGAACUUCAGAUAGACUCGGCAAAGUAAUUUUAAUACAACACCUGAUACAUUUUUAGAGAUUCAGACUUGAAGCGACUGUCACAAGUUUGCAGGUUAACAUUCAUUGUGUAAAUAUUCUGUUAUUUCCUAUUUUGCAGAUUUACUACUUGUAAAUAAACACGCAUCAAGGAGAGAUUAAACAUUUUUUGCUAAAUAA